AUGAUCAAGAUCAUCUCACAUGCCGUUUUCUUGAUCCUUACUUUGUUCUGUUGUGCUGAAAACUCCCAUGGGAAGCUGAUAAUGCAGGGAUCCGCCGGAAUCUUCAAAGGUUUCAAGACGUUGACGAGCACCAAGAAGCACGCCUAUGGUCAAGCCUACUACGACGAGAUACUUCGUUUCAAGAAUCCCAACGGUACAUUAAUGACUUCUUUCUCGGUUAGUUUCAUCUUUGCUAUUGCUCCUGAGGAAAAGCACAAAGGCUCUCACGGUAUGGCCUUCGUGAUCUCUCCCACUAGAGGCAUCACCGAUGCAUCCGCCGAUCAGUACCUUGGAAUCUUCAACGAGAAAAACAAUGGGAACACCUCUAAUCAUAUCUUCGCUGUGGAGCUCGAUAUCAACAAAGAUGAUGAGUUUGGCGACAUUGAUGGUAACCAUGUUGGUAUCAACAUAAACGGAAUGAGGUCUAUUGUAUCUGCACCUGCUGGUUAUUAUGAUCAAGAGGGUCAUUUCAAAAAUAUUUCUUUGAUCAGUGGAAAUACACUCCGCAUCACGAUCUUGUAUAGCCACAAGGAGAAACAGAUUAAUGUCACCUUAUCAUCACCAGAGGAGGCUUAUUACCCGGAGAAGCCGCUUCUUUCGGUCAACCAAGAUCUGUCACCCUAUUUCUUGGAGAAAAUGUAUGUGGGAUUCUCAGCCUCCACUGGGUCGGUUGGAGCAAUGCAUUACAUGUUGAUGUGGUCUAUCUAUGGCUCAGUUUUUGUUCCAAAGCUGGACUUCGGGAUACCGACGUUUCCUCCAUAUCCCAAGCCAAACUCAAUGGUAAAUCGAAUUCUCUUGGCGACCGGCUUGGCGUUGGCUCUCUUUGUUGCAAUGGCUGCAUCAGCUUUAAGUCUUUUCUACUAUAGGAGACACAAAAAGGUUCAGGAGGUUUUAGAGGAAUGGGAGAUUGAGUGUGGGCCUCAUAGGUUUGCUUACAAAGAGCUCUUUAAAGCCACAAACGGUUUCAAACAACUUCUAGGUAAAGGAGGUUUUGGUCAGGUCUUUAAAGGCACACUUCCAGGUUCCGAGGCAGAGAUUGCUGUUAAACGUGUCUCUCACGACUCAAGUCAAGGAAUGCGUGAAUUCUUGGCCGAGAUAGCAACUAUUGGUCGGCUUAGACACCCUAAUCUAGUCAGGCUUCUUGGUUAUUGUCGGUACAAAGAAGAGCUCUACUUGGUCUAUGACUUUAUGCCCAAUGGAAGUCUUGACAGGUACCUCUACGGCGGAUCCGAUCAAGAACAGCUCUCAUGGAAUCAACGUUUCAAGAUCAUCAAAGACGUUGCCUCUGCACUCUCCUAUCUCCAUCACGAGUGGCUACAAGUAGUGAUUCAUAGAGACAUCAAGCCAGCAAAUGUCCUAAUCGACGACAAGAUGAAUGCAAGUCUUGGAGAUUUCGGUUUGGCUAAGCUAUAUGAGCAAGGAUAUGAAGCUCAGACCUCAAGAGUAGCUGGAACGUUCGGUUAUAUGGCACCAGAGCUGAUGAGAACCGGAAGACCAACCACGGGAACAGAUGUCUAUGCCUUUGGUGUGUUUAUGCUUGAAGUUUCUUGCGGAAGAAAACUGUUUGAGCCGCAAGCAGAGCCCGAAGAGGUGGUUCUUGCUGAUUGGGCGAUUAAUCGUUGGGAAAACGGUGAUAUUGUAGAGGCGGCAAAUGAAAGAAUCCGACAAGACCAUGACAAGGGACAGCUUGAGCUUGUUCUUAAGCUAGGAGUUUUGUGUUCGCACCAGGCUGAAGAGGUAAGGCCUGAUAUGUCUACGGUGGUUAAGAUCUUGAGCGGAGUUUCUGAGCUUCCGGAUAAUCUGCUCGAUAUUGUUAGAACCGAGAAGCUGGGAAAAUGGUACGAGGCGUACGAAGACGUGCUUGAUACGGAGAUAACAAUGGAGUCUGCAGGUAACUUGAUAGUCACGGAACCGAUGACUUCUGUCGGACGGUAA